CCGAGACACCACGACACUCCACCAAAGAUUUAUUGAGAUUGAGAACCUGUUACAGACUACAAUGUCCAAAAAACUACAGUUAAGCCUCCAUGGACAUGACGAAAAUGAUGAAGAACAUGUCCACCGUGGAGAUGAGGAAAGUGAUGAAGAGAACGCUGACAUAAAUGAAUUUGACGAGGUUACCAUAAAAAAGUCAAGAGCGCAAGAUACAUCAGCUACUGUUUCAAGCGACAUCAUAAACAUGAUUGACACGUUUGACAGACAAGCGAGUGCCAAUACAGAAGGUGGUUAUGCUAAACAAGGCUUUUAUGCCUCAGGUUUUGAAGACAAACCAGGAAAGAGGAUUCCCAAGGCUGGAUAUAGUGCAGCAGCAGGAGUUGGACGAGCUCGUGCUGAAUACAGUGUAUUUGAGGCAGAAGCCAAAGGUCCAAACGCCUCGGCUGGUGCUGAAGCCAGUGUGGUUGGAGUCGGAGCAAUGGCUCGAGCUGAAAUCGCCAGUGCAUCAGCUAAAGCCGGUCCAGUUGGUGUGAAAGUGGGACUUGGAUUUGACACGGGGGCAUCUGCUGGUGUGGAUGGGGUGGAGGUCAAAUUCCUGGGAACUGGAAUCACAAUUGGUCCAAAAACCAGUAUAUCUGUUCUGGGUUCAGAAGCUUCAUGUUCAGUCAUGUAAUCACAGAGGUAUUAAUUAAUAAUUUGUAAUAAUUUGUGUAACACUUUACUACCAAACCAUGAAGACAAGAAUAAAAACCAGUUAACCAGUUUUAAUGCAGAAUUAGUAUUGUUAUUGAGUUAUAAAUACACAGAAUUAUAAUUUUAAAUAAUAAUAAUAAUAAUAUGAAAUAAUAUACAUUUAUUUUAUUUUAUAAUUAUACAAAUGUUAUGACUUUUUUUUUUUUUUUUUAAGAAUAAAUACUUAUAUUUGGUUAUGCAUGGGCAUGCUUAUUGCUUCAUUCCAUGUUUUAUGGUAAAAUAAUGUGUUCACAGAACUUUGCACUUCUGCAUCAAUCAUACAAAUCACUAAAAAAAAUCUCCACAGCUUUUGCAAACUCUUCGGCUCUUUUGUGCAAACAUUCUAUAAGAAAUCAGCUGUAUUUGUUCUUAGUAUAUAGUGCGUAUAUAGCCUAGUGCUUAACAAAUGUAUUAGACCACCACCCAAUGUAAGGUUUGUACCACAGCUGCCCUAAACUAACAGUAUUAGUGAUUACCAAAAUAUUUUUUUAUGUUUCUGUAUGUUAUUUGCCUAAUAAAUGACAAUGCAUUUUUUUUAGAUUCUCUUUCAACAUAAAAGUCUUUACUGACCAUCACCAUAGCCAGC